AUGCUCUACGCCACUGGCCUGAAGGAGUCUGACAUGAGCAAGCCUCAGGUUGGGAUCGCCUCCAUGUGGUAUGAGGGCAACCCCUGCAACAUGCACCUGCUCAAGCUGGCUGAGGAGGUCAAGAAGGGAGUGGAGGAGGUGGGUCUGGUCGGGUACCGCUUCAACACCAUCGGCGUCAGCGACGGCAUCAGCAUGGGCACGGACGGCAUGUCGUUCAGCCUGCAGAGCCGCGACCUCAUCGCCGACAGCAUUGAGACCGUCAUGAGCGCACAGUGGUACGACGCCAACGUGUCCCUGCCCGGCUGCGACAAGAACAUGCCGGGGUCUGUCAUCGCCAUGGCUCGCCUAAACAGGCCGGCCAUCAUGGUGUAUGGUGGCACCAUCAAGCCGGGCCACAGCGUGCUGGACGGCUCCGUCCUCGACAUUGUCAGCGCCUUCCAGAGCUAUGGUGCGUACGCCGCCGGCCUGUGGAGUGAGGAGCAGCGCGCCGACGCGGUGCGCCACGCCUGCCCCGGGGCCGGCGCGUGUGGCGGCAUGUACACCGCCAACACCAUGGCCUCCAG